CGGCGCAGCGGUCAUGCCUGUGUGAUGCUCCCGCCUCCAGUGUCGCCGGAGCUAAGCAGGCAGGGUCCCCUCCGCCCGUCUUCGGAGCUCGGGCGGUUCCGCCCCGGGACCUGAGCAGCUCGUCCCGCCCGCGCCGCGAUGGAGGAGGAGCUGAAGUGCCCAGUGUGCGGCUCGCUGUUUCGGGAGCCCAUCAUCUUGCCCUGUUCCCACAACGUCUGCCUGCCUUGCGCUCGUACCAUCGCAGUGCAGACCCCGGACGGCGAGCAGCACCUGCCCCAGCCGCUCCUGCACUCGCGGGGCCCGGGGCUGCCGGCGGGCGCCGCGGCCGCCGCGCCCCCUCUGGACCACGACGCCGCCGCUGGCCCGGCCUGCAGCGGCGGGGGCGGCAGCGCAGCCAGCGGCCUGGGCGGCGGGGCGGCAGGUGGCGGGGACCACGCGGACAAGCUGAGCCUGUACAGUGAGACGGACAGCGGUUAUGGCUCCUACACGCCCAGCCUCAAGUCCCCCAACGGGGUCCGCGUGCUGCCCAUGGUGCCCGCGCCGCCGGGCUCCUCUGCCGCCGCGGCCCGGGGCGCCGCCUGCUCCUCGCUGUCCUCGUCCUCCAGCUCCAUCACGUGCCCGCAGUGCCACCGCAGCGCCUCCCUGGACCACCGCGGCCUGCGCGGCUUCCAGCGCAACCGGCUCCUGGAGGCCAUCGUGCACCGGUACCAGCAGGGCCGCGGGGCGGUUCAGGGGGCGCCCGCGGCCCCGGCCGUGGCCAUCUGCCAGUUGUGCGACCGCACCCCGCCGGAGCCGGCCGCCACGCUCUGCGAGCAGUGCGACGUGCUCUACUGCGCUGCCUGCCAGCUCAAGUGCCAUCCGUCCCGGGGACCCUUCGCUAAGCAUCGCCUGGUGCAGCCACCGCCACCGCCGCCGCCCGCACCCGCCGAGGCCGCCUCUGCGUCCCCGGGCGCCGCCCAGGGCGCCCCCAGCGGAGGAGGCGGUUGCAAGAGUCCUGGGGGCGCGGGCGCCGGAGCGGCGGGGGGCGGCGCGGCCCGCAAGUCCCCCACGUGCCCCGAGCACGACCUGGAGCAUUACAGCAUGUACUGCGUGAGCUGCCGAGCCCCGGUGUGCUACCUGUGCCUGGAGGACGGCCGGCACGGCCAGCACGAGGCGAAGCCGCUGGGGGCCGUGUGGAAGCAGCACAAGGCCCAGCUGUCUCAGGCCUUAAACGGAGUCUCUGACAAGGCGAAAGAAGCGAAGGAGUUUCUGGUGCAGCUGAAGAACAUCCUGCAGCAGAUCCAGGAAAACGGACUGGACUACGAGGCCUGCCUGGUCGCUCAGUGUGACGCGCUGGUCGACGCUCUAACGCGGCAGAAAGCCAAGCUGCUCACCAAGGUCACUAAAGAGAGGGAGCACAAGCUGAAGAUGGUUUGGGACCAGAUCAACCACUGCACCCUGAAGCUGCGCCAGUCCACCGGGCUGAUGGAGUACUGCCUGGAGGUGAUCAAGGAGAACGACCCCGCCGGCUUCCUGCAGAUCUCGGACGCCCUGAUCAAGCGUGUCCAGGUGUCUCAGGAGCAGUGGGUCAAGGGCGCCCUGGAGCCAAAGGUGUCUGCGGAAUUUGACCUGACCUUGGACAGCGAGCCACUGCUGCAGGCCAUCCACCAGCUGGACUUCAUUCAGAUGAAAUGUAGGGUGCCGCCCGUCCCCCUGCUGCAGCUGGAGAAGUGCUGCACCCGCAACAACAGCGUCACGCUGGCCUGGAGGACGCCGCCCUUCACCCACAGCCCCGUGGACGGCUACAUCCUGGAGCUGGACGACGGGGACGGGGGGCAGUUCCGGGAGGUGUAUGUCGGCAAGGAGACCCUGUGCACCAUCGACGGCCUCCACUUCAACAGCACCUACAACGCCAGGGUCAAGGCCUUCAACUCCUCUGGCGUCGGGCCUUACAGUAAGACUGUCGUCCUGCAGACUUCCGAUGUGGCCUGGUUCACCUUUGACCCCAACUCUGGGCACCGGGACAUCAUUUUGUCCAAUGACAACCAGACAGCCACCUGCAGCAGCUAUGACGACCGGGUGGUGCUGGGCACGGCGGCAUUCUCCAAGGGCGUGCACUACUGGGAGCUGCACGUGGACCGGUACGACAACCACCCGGACCCCGCCUUCGGCGUGGCCAGGGCCAGCGUGGUCAAGGACAUGAUGCUGGGCAAGGACGACAAGGCCUGGGCCAUGUACGUGGACAACAACCGCAGCUGGUUCAUGCACUGCAACUCCCACACCAACAGGACGGAAGGCGGCGUGUGCAAGGGGGCCACUGUGGGCGUGCUGCUGGACCUGAAUAAGCACACGCUGACCUUCUUCAUCAACGGGCAGCAGCAGGGCCCCACAGCCUUCAGCCACGUGGACGGGGUCUUCAUGCCGGCCCUCAGCCUCAACCGCAACGUGCAGGUCACCCUGCACACAGGACUGGACGUGCCAACAAACCUGGGACGGCCAAAGCUGUCGGGCAACUAGCCCCCAGCUCCAGCCGUGCAUGGGCCUCGGAGAGAAGCCUGCCACCCCUCGCUAAAUCUCAAUUCAACAACCACAUGGGCAGAAGACCGCGUCACCAUGUGACCCAGAAGCCGCUGAGACACGUUUUCUUUGGGGGACAGAGGAUGGGUCUGCAGGCCGGGUCUGAGGAGGCCACCGCUGGUACAGAACAUGGGCACGUGUUCCGCUUGGUCCCGCACGGACUUUUCAAAUACUCGCCAAGAAGGACCUUUCUCAAGGGAGAGAGAAAGUAUUUGGGGUUUGUGGUUCUCUUUUCUGCCAUCUGUUUUCAGAGCUGGUCUUUUGGUGAGGAGGGUGAGCGUCUAGCGGGGCGGGGGGGCACCCCAUCCUGAGAGUAGGUGGCAGGAGACCCUCUGGAGCCCCAUGUCCCGAGGGUCCAGCUUUGCUGGGUGUCACUCCUUCAGAGUCCCAGUGUUCUCAUCUUUGCUGGGAAAACUUCUUUCGCUUUCUGGUCCUGGGGACGUCGGUACGUUCCGCCGCUUGCAGCCCUAACCCAGGCUCGAUAAAAAGGGCACUAACCAUUCAAUUGGUCUUCACCUCUCUCGCUUCCUUAGGUCCUUCAUUCAUCAACCAGUCAAUCUCUCUCUCUGUCUCGCACGUGCACACACACAAUAGUCUACUAAAAUUGAUUCACUCAGCUCUCAGUUCUUAAACAGAAGAAAACACUGACAUUUGAAUUUCAAUGACUAUGUGACAAGUCUCCACCUGGAUCCGGCUCCCCAGGAGGUCACCUGCAAACCUGGCUGAGUCCUGCUCGCUCAGACUCCCAGCGAGUAGCAGGGGAGGCCGGGGAAGCCUCUGAGAGCAGGCCCGCCUUCGCUUUGAGGUCCGUCUGUCUGUCACCAUGAACGCCUCACGAGCAAGAAGUGGCCGUCGUGGCAGAGUGGUCCUCCCGCGACGGGGCAGGCAGGGCCUCUGAAAGGCAGGAAGUGGACAGCAAUAUCGUGUUCCUUGUCUCCCAGUUUCCCAGCAUGAGCCUGGGUGUGCGGAGGCCGUGAGGCUGGGGUGGGGCUCAGGCUGAGCCCAUCCCUCCUUGCUGAGAACACGGCCCUUCUCCCCUGAGACCCACGUCCAGUCAUGUUCAUCUCUCAGCACAAGAGCUCGUUCCAGGUGCUGGUCCUGCCCCAGAGCACCUUGCUCCUCUUUCCUCUCCCCCUUCUCCUUGUCACCUGCCACCUCCAUCUCCAACUGGUAGUAAACCUCUCACCUGUUUACAAGAAUAUAUUUUAUCAAGCAUUUUAUUUUUGAGGUUAAGGAGUCACUUCUCUUUGCUGGAUCGGAUUUUUAUAAAACUGAGCCCGUAAACCGGCCCUUACUGUGUCCACUUGGUUCUAGCUGCUUGUCAAGACACCGCACUUGCUUUCUGAGUGACCCGGCCCAAGCUGGGCAGGCCCUGCCCUCUGUUCAGCAGAUCCGACGAUCCUACCUCGAGCCCCUGCUCCUGGACCUCCAGGCUGCUUUGUCCGGCUGUGUCCACAGGUGUGGCCGGCUGGGCCAACUGCCUGGCGGCCCCAGGAGCUGUCUGGUGCUGUAUUUAAGCCUCACGCGCCAAGGUCCUGGCAACCAAGGCCACCCCGGGCUGCACCCGGUCUUCAUCUGUGAAGACCUCUCAGCUGCCUCUCUUCUCUGCUUCCACGUUCCUUAAUUUCACUCCUUUGCCAUAGCUCUGGGUGGAGUCGGCUUGGAGGAUGGGGAAAGAUUACUGAAGAUUGGAAGACACGGAAGAGCUAUGGCUUCCUGGGGCCAGUGAAGCCAUGGGCAACUGGUCCAGAUGCAUCAGCUUUGGGAAACGUCUUCUGGAAAAAGACUAGGCCAGUGUGCCAAGAAUAAGAGUGUGCCUGGGAAGUCGGGGAGGGCUUCCUGGAGGAGGUGGCUUUUUACAGUGGAAUCCAGGUGAGAGGCUGCAGAGUUCCCAGAAUCAUGGAAACAGGUCGCCAGGCAGCCCUGGCUCUGCAUCUCUGGAAGGGAGCCGCUGACGCUCAGCCCAGGCUUGGUGUCACCCCCGGAGAGCCAGCACCUAGGUCCCAGGAUGACGUGGAAAGAGAGAAGGGAUAUUCCCGCAAUUUCAGGUGGCCUCUGUAGGAAGAAAAUUACCUGAAAUUCACAGAGAAGCCACUAAAACACCCUGCCACUCCCCACGGGCAGCAGGUGGGAGGUCCUGUGGGUGCCAGACCGGCGUGACUCCACCUGUUCUGACCCCUGCAGAAACGUAGAAGCAAUACGGCUGACACCAGGGACAGCGCCAGGCUGUCCUGCAGCCACCUCUCCGGUCUUCAGCACAAAACGCCUUUCAGGGACAACAAGGGACCUAAAAGAGAAGGCAGUUCCAUGCCACACACUCGAGUCUUCGAGGGAUCAGCAACACGGAGCAGGAGGCCUGCAGCUCCUGGUGGCCUUCCGUCGUCACCCUCCCCGGAGGCUCUGGGAGUCCAAGCAGAAGCCGCACUGCGGCAUUGAGGUUAUUGAGGAAUAACUUGGUGUCCAUCUACAAAGCAGUUUCAGUGAGAUGGGGACUGAAAGUGACUUAAACCCGGUUCCCCUGCCUUGUAAAUAACACCUCUGUUUGGCAGCUCCUCUGCCCUCUGUUCUUCACUGGUCAGCAAGUUUGGUCAAAGCCUAUGCCUUUCUUUUUGGAAUUAAUCUCUUUCCAAAGUUUCCAAUAGCAUCUCACUGCAUAGCCUCCUAGCUCCUAAUUCACAGCAACGUAAGACAUUACUCAGCCCCGCCUUUCCCCUUUCGAACCAAUUAAUGAUUCCAGUGGGACACCAGAAAUCCUGGCCCACAGAGGAACUGACCUAUAAACUGUACCUAGUUCAAGGCUGGAUCUUCAGCCCUGUGUGUAGCCCGCAGUUGCAACAGCACCCUCAGCACUCGGAGUGAGCCUGGGCCACUCCGUGGGGUCCGCCAAGGGCACAGGCCUGUCCAUCCUUGCUCUUGGUGCCCCUGCCUUUGGCUACCCAGAGCACUCUCAGCAAAGCAGCAACAUGAAGGACCUGUGUGUACUUUUCCCAGGGCUAUUUGCAGUUCAGCCUUAAUCCUAAUCACAGGUGUAAGGCCUGGUCCUUUUCGAAGGUAUGUUUCAGCACAGGUGACAGGUGGCCCAUAGGUGAACUGCUGCGGCCCCAUGGCUGCCUGCUGGCUUUGAGACAGGGCAGGUCAGGUCCUUGGGGACCUGACAGGUGGAUGCUGAAUGGCACGGUUGCAAGGCCCACGGAAGGUGCCGGGGUUCUCAGCCUCGGCCCCAUCGACAUCUGGGGCGUGUCCUGGGCGAUGCUGCGCUGUGGGGGCUGCUGCCCUGUGCACUGGAGGGUGUUAGCAGCAUCCCUGGCCUCCACCUUCUCGGUGCCGGUAGCAGCCCCCAGGUUAGUUGUGACAUUGAAAGUGUCUACAGAUAUGGCCAAUGCACCCCAGGGGACACCCCUGGUUGAGGACCACUGGGUCAUGCAAGUAGUCUGUCACGUGUCAACAGGCAGUGAGGAAGUGGGGAAGGGGUGUCUGCUCAGUGAUGUGGGAAACCUGCAUGACAGGGCUGCGGGCCCUGGUCUCUGUCCCCAAGCCCAGGCUUCUCGGCAGGGCUGCGGUGCUCCACCGGCUGGGGACUGGCAGGGAGAGUGACGUCAGUGGUGAACAGGAUGCAACCUGUCCAAUGCACUUUGCGUUCACCAAAGAUGCCCCGGCCCCCACCCCCGUUCCUAGAAACGAAACUCCUUCGCUGCCCUUGGCCACUUGUGACUGAAAUCAGCAGAAACUUCUUAAUGGGCUGGUGGUCUGUAACUGCUUGGAAGCGUGCCCAGACAUCCUCAGAAGACACUGGAGGCCUGUGCUGGGCCUGGGAUGUCUCAGGACUCCUCUGAAGGUGAACUAGGCCCCUGGCUGUUCCCAGUCAUCACUUUCCUGGCUGUGAAAUAGACAAGAGUAGGUUGUGGGCAGGAUGUACUGAUCAGACGCCAAGCUCGACCCUCAGAAACCCAUCUUCUAACCUGGCUUGGAUACUGGGCCAGGCAUGGGUGGGGGCAAAUCUCCUAAAUCUUUCUGUGCCUCGGUACCCCCACCCCAAAAUGGGACUAGUCCUACUAACCUACCUCCUCUGACUUAUUGUGAGGAUUAUGGAAUAACACUUAAAGAAGUCUGUCAUCUCGUAAGUCUAGGUUCACAGCUCACAUUCAAUGUAUCAAGUCCAUUGGUGGCUUUGUGGAGUGUUCUCUGACCACAGUGUCUUCCAUCCAAGCCUCUUAUGACCGCGUUUCUCGCACAGUGGCCUGGCCUUGCGGGGUGAAGCUGAUACUUCACGCAGUCCUGACGCUGCAGAAAGCAGCGUCCUAAGGGUCCCCGCUCCCAGCGGCCCUGCGUCUGCGGCCUCGUCCUCUGUCCCUGGGGCAUCUGUAUGCAGAAGUUCCCUUCAAAUAUGAAGAGAUAACACCCCCAUUUCUAACUCCUCGGUCACUAUACAUUCUGGUAUUUAAGGGCUCCUCCACCCAUAAUGUGACCCCUUUGUUGCCAAAGGUCUCGACAGAGGGAGCGCUUGGAGCCAGGGUCUCAGAGAAAGGUGACAUGCCCCUGAGCCGCAGCCUGGAGGGCAGGGCAGGGGGGCUCCAAGGCCUAGGGGCUGUGCCCUGCCAGCCCUGGAGCUUCCCUCGUGCUCACUGCCCGUGAAGGCGGGUUCCCAGUUUCUGCAUGAGAGACCUUGACUUUCGUCAGAAGGCGUUGGGAGGUGAGACCUGAGGGCAGGCGCUGGUAUUCUCCCAAAGGGCACUAGUCCCCGGGAGGACCCAGGGGCUCCUGGGCCAGCAAGGCGGGCACCACCUACCAGGCUGGAGGCUCAGGAAGGCUCCAAAAAUGUAAGACAAGUUUCGGGUUUAGAACAGGGGCGGCUGGAGGCGUGGCUCCAUGUGCUGGCGGGAUCCCCAUGCUGCCCCCGGAAGGCCUUCCCCACCCCGUGCUGGGGCCCCAGCACAGGGAGCCAGUGAGGGGCGAACAGAGCAGGAAGAGUUAAAUGCAUGACGCAGAAUCGCUGCUUUCGCACUGACCCAAGUUGUAUUAAGCAUGAGAUGUGUUUGACGUUGGCGAAGGAAUUUAAAAAGUAACGAAGCGCUUUGUGUCCUUGUUUUGGCUGUCGACAGAACUUCCAUUUUCCCGACGUUCUUUACCCUCCUCUCCCUCCCUCCUCCCCCAUCGCACCCACUUUGUCACUAGUUGUUGGUGUUUGGUGGCAGCCCUUGGUCCCUCCAGCGUUCGUGUCCCACGGGAAGCACGGAGGGGGCGGGGGGAGUGCUUUUUCUAAUUUUUGUAUCGGUAUCCACAAGCCUUUGUAUUUUUUGGAUUGCAAACACUGUGUUUUCUGGUCUCUGGGGGUUGGUUGGACUUUGUGUAUUGGCUUUUGGAAAACCUGAGUUUCACCACAGUCUCGAGCAGAUUUGAAAUAAA